CUAGCUGUUGACGUCUCCCGCGGUUUAUUUCCUGAUGGGAGCUGACUAGUAUUCAGAGUUUUUUGUGCGUUCGUUCACUCCGUUGCUUAAUCCGAUAUUUUUGUUGAAUUCACGACACGGAUAUUGCAACGACUGUAGCUGUAGACCCGUCACGUUUUUCUGUAUGUUGGAUAGGCCGUAGUUUUCGUCAAAAUUGAUUGGACCGUUCUCUGAGUUGUUGUUCGGCUAUUGGUCUCGUCUUCCGCAAUGACCUGAGUACUUCUAGCCCAUAGUUCACUUGACAAAUUCGUGGUUGAUGAUUUAUGGAUCACUUUUUGAAACGUGAAGGUAAAUUAAAACAUGCAAGGCGAAAAAGUCCAAUUCAAUUGUCCUGAAUUGAAGACAAAUUGGACUACGAAAACCAAUUCAACAAUGACUAUGAAUUUACGAAGCUCCAACAAGAUUCUGGCUCAGGCAGCCAUAAUUCUUUUCUUCUUUUGGGUUGUCGCUUUGAUUCUAUUGACAAGACCAUUGUUAAAUAGUCCACAGAGUGAUGUUAGCAGUGAUGUGCUUCAGCGACUUUCAAAAGCAGUUUCAGAACUUGAAAGUCUUAAAGUGAGAAAUCAGGAACUCCAGUGGAUACUGACAAACUUCAGUCAUGAAGCUCAGUCAGGAAAAAUAAAAGAAGGUGUUGUUGAGCGACUUAGAUCAACAUUAGAGGACAACAUCAGACUACCCAUUAACUUUAACGGUCUUGAAAAGAAAUCAUCUGGACCUAGUAAGGAAUAUGAAGUGAGAAGACGAGCUAUUUACCGAGGUGUUCAAGAGAAUUGGUAUUUCGUGCAACAAGAGUUAGAAAAGCUGAAGAAAUCAGGGCGUGAUCAAAGUGCCCCUGAAAUAUCAAAUUUGAUUCAAGAAAUUUUGAACUCAGGAAAAGAGCAUGAAAUUAUUCUUUUGAAUGACAUACAAGAGCUUAGCAACAUGGAAAACCAUGAUGCCUGGAGAAGUACAGAAUCACGUGCCUUGUCGGACUUGGUCCAAAGACGCUUACAUUAUCUUCAAAAUCCAGCUGACUGUUCCAAGGCUAGGAAAUUAAUAUGUAAUCUUAACAAGAGUUGUGGAUAUGGUUGCCAGAUACAUCAUGCUGCCUAUUGUUUCAUUAUGGCCUAUGCCACCAAGAGAACUUUGAUAUUGAACUCGAAAAAAUGGCGAUACCAUCGUGGUGGAUGGGAGAAAGUAUUUUUGCCACUUAGUGAUACUUGCACUGAUCCGUCUGGUUUGGAUAGGAGUAAUUGGCCUGGAACAAAUGAAACCCAGGUCAUCGAAUUACCCAUAGUGGAUAUGUUGUCUCCUCGGCCUCCGUUCUUGCCAUUAGCAAUUCCUCGGGACUUGUCGGAGAGGAUGAUCAGACUACAUGGUGAUCCUCAGGUGUGGUGGAUUGGUCAGUUUAUGAAGUACCUCCUGCGAUAUCAGCCCGAGACUCAGAAGAUGUUAGAUCAAGCAAAAGAAAAAAUGAAAUUUGAGAGUCCUGUUGUUGGUGUCCACGUGCGGCGGACUGAUAAAGUUGGAACAGAGGCUGCAUUUCAUUCGAUUGACGAGUACAUGUUAUACGUAGCAGAUUUUUUUGAUAAACUAGAAAUUAAAGAAAAAAUCAAAGUAAGACGGGUCUACCUGGCUUCCGAUGAUCCUUCUGUUCUUCCAGAAGCAAAGAAAAAAUAUCCGGAGUAUGAAUUUCUUGGUGAUGUGUCGAUAGCCAAAGGAGCGGCUGUAGCAACGCGUUACACAGAUUCGUCCUUGCGAGGCAUCUUGGUCGAUAUUCACAUGCUUGCACACAGCGAUCAUCUCGUUUGCACUUUCUCGUCUCAAGUGUGUCGGUUGGCGUACGAGAUCAUGCAAACACUUCACCCUGAUGCAUCGAGCAAAUUCAAGUCUUUGGAUGAUAUUUACUACUACGGUGGACAAGGUCCUCAUCAACAAAUAGCUAUGUACUCGCACAAAGCCCAUAGGCCUGGCGAGAUUUCUAUUGAAGUAGGUGAUGUUUUAGGGAUAGCCGGUAAUCACUGGGACGGCUACUCCAAGGGUACAAAUGAGCGGACCAAGCAAUCUGGACUCUACCCUUCCUUCAAAGCCGUGGACAAGUACAAUAUAAUUGAUUUCCCCCCAUACAGUGAGGUGGCCGUCGCUGCAUGAGUGACGACUGCUUAGGUAAAUAACAUUUUGCGUUGAGUUUUGUAAACCAGAUUGAAACGUGCUGAAGUCACAGUCACAUCAAGGUAACUUGAGUUUGGUUUCAAGCGCUUUCCAUACACUGUUUUGAGUGCCGUACUGGUUACCUACCGGUUGGCCACUACACACAGCUUUUAAGGACUUUGGGAUUAUGACUUGACACAUUGCACAGUGCAUUUUUCUUUGUACAGGGUGCUCUUCUGCUAAAUAUAUAUUCACAAGAUUU